CAUGAUCCAAACCAGCGAAGCCGGGGCGCAGAAGCUGAACGCGCGAACUCAACCACUGGGCCACCGGGGGGGUCCCCCAUAAGCUUUUCUUAACCCCUCACACCAGGUCAAUGUUCCUUGUUAGAUACUUUCUUAGUCACCCCCCACUUUGUUUUGUAAGCAAAUGAUUAUUUGUAUAUUGGAUAGUUUAAUCUCCCCUCCAAAUUUUAAUGCUAACUCCCUGAAAAUGUCGGUAACAUGCUCUAGUACACAGGAAUUCAGGGAUCCUUGAAUCCAGCUUUCAUUCUAGAGCCCAUGCCCACAACUACCACAUGUACAUAAAUCUACUCAUCCUAGAAGAUGGCUUUUUGCCUGUUUGUUUUAUGAUUGCCAAGUGUUGAUGCACGGGACACUAGGGUUCAUCUCUGGGCAAAUUCUAGAGCAAUAAUGUUCUGCUGUUGGUGAAUCUCUUUGUGCAUGUUCUGUCAGUAGUAGAUUGUAUACCUCAUCCUUCUUCUGUGGGAGGACACAGCGGGGCUGAUCAGAUUACAGGCGGGACUGGCUAAACAGGACUCCAGCUCUCCCCCUGUAUAAUUUCCCCUUACAGGGCUGUAGUAGGACUCAUUCAUUCAAUAAAUAUUUAAUGAGCAUCUAGCAUAUUGCCAGGUGUUGGUUUAGAUGUUGCGGAUACAAAUGUGAUUUACACGUUUAGCAGAGUACCUACCUCAUUUAGAAUUAUAGAUGGUCACUAUUACUAGGAUUAUCACAGUUGUGUUCUACGUUUGCCUGUGCCAAACAACUUGAGUGCCAGAGUAUGUGGCAUUUGUGACGUUUGUCACUAUUCGGACCCAGUCUCUGCCGGGCCGGGACAGCCACCAAUGUACGCGUGCGCAUUAAGGGGCAUCACGGCUCCGCCUGGCCGCCCCUCCCUUCCGGGCCACCAGAGGGCGCGCGGCUUCUAACGCUCCGCGUGCUGUUUGUUGACGUCCUGAAACGUGGUCGUCGCCGACGCCGGAGUGUAGCUGUGAGGGCCGAGGGGGCUUUCGCGGCCCGCGUCGGGGCUGAGGCGCUGCCUUAGGCCCCGCCGAUUCGACCCGGCUGUCUUCCCGGCCCAGGCGCAGGUUUCCUUCGCCGUCCUCGGCAUGGAGGAACACGAGAAGGUGGUGCCCGAUUCGGGUGCUGUGUUUACAUUUGGAAAAACUAGAUUUGCUGAAAAUAUUCCCAGCAAAUUCUGGUUUAAAAAUGAUAUACCUAUAUGUCUUGCAUGUGGAGAUGAACAUACUGCUGUUGUUACAGGAAAUAAUAAACUUUACGUGUUUGGCAGUAACAACUGGGGCCAGUUAGGAUUAGGAUCAGAAUCACCUGUGAGCAAGCCAACAUGUAUCAAAGCUUUAAAACCUGAAAAAGUGAAAUUUGCUGCCUGUGGAAGGACCCACACCAUAGUGGCAACAGAAGGAGGCAAAGUAUAUGCAACUGGAGGAAAUAGUGAGGGACAGCUGGGACUUGGCGAUGAUGAAGAUAGAAAUACCUUUCAUCGAAUUAAAUUUUUUACAUCCCAGCAUAAGAUUAAACAGCUCUCUGCUGGAUCUAGUAGUUCAGCUGCAUUAACUGAAGAUGGAGAGCUUUUUAUGUGGGGUGACAAUUCUGAAGGACAAAUUGGUUUAAAAAAUAUAGAUAAUGUGUGCGUCCCUCAUCAAGUGACCAUUGGGAAACCUAUCUCCUGGGUCUCUUGUGGAUAUUACCAUUCAGCUUUUAUAACAACGGAGGGAGAAUUGUAUACAUUUGGAGAACCCGAAAGUGGGAAGUUAGGUCUUCCCAGUAAGCUGCUGAUCAAUCACAGAAUUCCCCAGCUGGUGCCCGGAAUUCCCGAGAAGGUGAUCCAAGUAGCUUGUGGUGGAGGGCAUACAGUGGUUCUCACAGGUACGUGUGAGCCUUGCUGCUCUGUUCCUGCUUCCUGUGAACAUAAUUUUUUUUAUUUAUUUCAGACACAUAUGAUGAGCCUGAAUUCCAAUAACAAGUCAUUAAAAUUAUUGCCAAUUCAGAAACAAAAGAAACAAGAAAAACUUGAGGAACUGAAGCAUGAUACAGCACAUACUGAAACUGAUGAUAGUAAUGAAUCUGAAAGUGAAGCGAUACCCAAAAAAGUGCAAGAAGGGAGACCAUAUAGACAGUUUUUGGCAAGAGGAACAUACAUGAUUCAAACAACUAUGAGUAUGGAAGCAUUUCCAGAUGAGGACCUAAGUGAUGACUCAGACCAGGCUGGAUCUCAGUCCAACACCAGUGCACAGGGUUUGCAGGGAGAGAUAUGUAGGCGUGAAAGUAAGCAUAGUCUUUAUCCAUGUGGUGGUAAGAAAAUAAAGAAAAGUUAUGGAGGACACAGUCAGAAGGGUUCAAAAGCAGAAGAAGUAGUCCCUGAAAAGGAAACUAACCUGGCUAAAAUGUCAGGACUGAAGAAUAUAAGAAAAAGUGAAGAGAAUAUUAAAAAUAUUAAUGCAUUCUUUGAUAACAUACCAAAUAGAGACUUUAAUGUUGAGGAUGAAGAAAAAUAUUUUAUUAAGAAAAGUAAAAGGAACAAGCAAGAUGUGGUUUGUGACAGUGAAUCUUUAGAGGAGUCAGACAGUUACUUGGAAGGUGAAAGUGAAAGUCAGCAGGGUGAUGGCUUCGAUCAGCCUGAGUCGGUAGAAUUUAGUAGUGGAGAGGAAGAGGAUGAUGAAGUGGAAACUGACCAAAACUUGUGGUAUAGCAGAAAAUUUAUUGAACAAGGACAUGAGGAAGAGACUGAACACAAAAUAUGCAGAUUCAUGGAAAAAUAUGAUUUUAAGUGUGACCGCUUGUCAGAGAUCCCAGAAGAACAGGAAGGAGCAGAGGAUUCAGAUGGGAGUGAAGUAGAGGAGGAAGAAGUAGAGGCAAGUAAGGAAAACGUGAAGGUGCCUCGAGGAAAGGAGGAGGAAGCAGAGAUCCUGUCAGAUGACCUUUCAGACAGCGCAGAGGUGAGUGAAGGCAAGGGAAAGUCAGGGGACGAAGCAGAGGAUGUGCCUGAAGGUGGAGGACAUAAUUCAGGAGUGGAGCAGAGGCAAAGGGAGGAUGGGGAGGAGGAGAAGGACAAGAGAGGAGAAGGUGAGAGCCCGGGUAAGGAAGAGAAAGACCUAGAAGAGGAGGAGGAACAGGAGCAAAAGGAGAGGGAACAAGGCCAUCAGGUGGAAAGAAACAAAGGGAUGGAGGAAGAGGAAGGGGAGGAACAAGGAGAGGGGAUUUUCUUCUUUAAAAGGAUGUCAUUGACGUGUCAGAAAAGUAUGCAGAAUAAUAAUGAGCCACUCCCAGUGAUAAAACCAAUAGGAGAUCAAAUAGCUUUUAAAUGCAAUACCAAAGAUGCCCAACAGAACGACAUGGGGGAAAAUCACCAGGAUACUUCACCCCCAAAUGGGGCAAGAAGAUCAAAAUAUUGUACAAUACUCUAAAUAUAUAUUUAUGUUUUCAUGGUCACCAAGCACAUUGUACCAAGCAUGUUGUAAUUUAUACUUGAAAAACAUUAUGACUUCUGAAGGAAAGUUUCUGACAAACUUUUAAAGAUAUAAGUUAAUAAUAUGUUUUAUUUGAUUUGAAUAUUACGACCAGUUUUGAUAUUUAUUUAUGCUAAUAUAUUUUUGACAAACAAUUUCAAAAUAUGUGUAUCUCAAACUUUCCUUCAAGUGUUGUGGCCUUAACUGUUCAGUGUUGCAGUAAAAAAAUAUAUUUUUAUAUGUGAAAGUUAAAUUAAGAUACUUCAUAGCUUUUACUAAACAAUUUUACUUCUUUGUAAUUUCAGAAGACAAUAUUUGCAAUUUCAUGACACUAACAGUUUUUAUGUAUUUGCAAUUUUUAAAAACUGAGUCAAAAUUGUUUUGAUGAACAUAUUUUAAUAAACUAUAUCUGGUCGGUUCUACUGUUUAAAUGGGUGAAUAUGAAUAAAAUUUGGAGGUACUUGGAGUUAUCAGUUGACAAAAUGGGGGCAAAAAAAUCUUAUUUCAAAAUAUUGAAAGAUGCGAAAUACAUUUACCUCUGAGUAAAGAAAAUAUCAGUGCAGCUGUGUACACAGUAUAUCUUUGUGGGGAAACUGUGUUGAAAUUUCUUGACUUCCCGCUCCUUUUUUAGGGAGGUGAUUUGGCAUGAAAACAUUGCAGAUUAUAUGGCAUGAUCUGGAGUGUUUGACCAUGCCACAGAUCAUCACCAUAGGAGAACCAGACACAGCCAGGCUUGCUCAUUUCAGACGUCCCUAGCAUUGGCAGUGAUAACCAAGGUUGGCUCCAUCACACAAGGCUCUGCCACAAAGAAUAGGAAGGGUAAAGCUGUUAAGUCUACUCUGAUAGAAACAUUGCUUUUCUAUGCUCUCACAUACUAAUUUAAUGGCACAUAAUACCUUCAUUUUCCCCAUUCUAGCUUCUGACUAAAACAUUUUAUUCUUCAAUCACAGCAACCAUUGCUCCAUUUAAACAAAGAAAAAGAAACUCCCUCUGUGUGUUUCAUGCCCAGGGGUUGUAAGGAUGUUAGUCUAGAGUAGAUGUGAUUUUGAAAUCGUACAAAAU